CACUUGAGUUUAUGGUUGCCAAAGUCAGAUGUUAAUAUUUAUAUUCUCAAGUGAAUUCGCUAGUUCCUGAAUACUUCUUAGUCACAAAUCAAGAGCUAGACUCUAUAAUUUUGAAGCAGCUCUCCUUUUAUUUGAACUUUCUUCGGCUCUUUCACUAAUAAUCGGUUCCUAUGAGCCCCGUAAAUAAGCUUAUGCUUUUGCACAUAAUUUACAUGCAUAUUUAUACUUACCAAAAAGAGAUAUGUAUAAAUUGAAGCCCAUUUAUAUGCUUAUGCAUUUCUACAUAUAUUCACAUGUAUAACUGUACUAAGCACUAAAUCAAGAACGCUGCAACUGUCACAACUGAUUCAGAUCAAGCAUGUAAGACUGUAGCUGGCAAGAAAUUGGGCAAGUUCUACUAACAAACUCCAUAUUAUGAGUGUGCUAAAGCUUUCGGAACGCUACUGUUACAGUUUUGUGCGGUUGUGCUUUAGGUGUCUUGUUGCUUUUGUUAAUUAACUAACUUUUCUUUUUAACCUUUGGGAGGAAAUUUGCAUUUUAAGUUCAUAUAACACAUCAAGACAGCUCUAGAUCGUGGUAUUACUAAGGUACUGAAUUUUACCAUAAUUAGAUGAAGUUGAGGAAAUCAUUUCAGGAGGGAAGUGUUAAGCUGUAAUAAAAGUAUCCCUCUCUAAGUAUGGCUUUAACUUUAAGAUGAGGCAGUUCACACAAUUUAACUGAAAGCGCCUAAAGGACCAUCUUGUUGGCACCCUUCUAGAGCGUGCGAUCUCUGAGGAAAAAGGAACCUUCAGUUGUUUUUUGAAACCAAGUGGCCAAACUGAACCUGUUGGACUUGUCUUGGCUAGAGUAGACAUUUCUGUUGAAUAAGACAGAGAUGCAAUGGCCAUGGAGAUACCCAAUGAAUAAGAUCAUGACAACAAAAAUCUCGUAUCAUGUUUAUAUCUAAGUUAAAUGGUGAAAAACACGUCCAGUGAGGAUUCAAUCUGGUGUGAGGAAAAAUAUGUUUAUUAAUUGUCUGCUUUAUGCAUGAUGGAUGGUAGGCAUCAUCUUGCAUCCAUCACCAGUGUAAUGCAAUUGGGAAGGUGAAAAAAGGAUACUAUAUUAACAAGCAGGCAAGAGGAGAUCGGGGCAGUAGAUUGGUGGUGAAGCAAAGUGGAAAUAGAAGCAUUUCAUUUUUGUCCCAUGGCGCAAUCCAAAUGGAGCAAUUACAGGAAGAUCCUGACACUGACUGCUCCAGUGGCACUAAUCAAAUGUUUGAGGUCCAUCAAGGAGCAUGCCUUUUCUGCAUCUGAGUAUCCUGUUGUAAUAACACUUGAAGAUCAUCUAACGCCAGAUCUUCAGGAAAAAGUGGCUGAGAUGAUCACUCAAACAUUUGGAGACAUGCUGUUUUCUCCUUCAGAAUGUUUGAAGGAGCUUCCUUCUCCAGCUUCACUGAAAAAGCAUGUUAUGAUAUCAACGAAGCCACCGAAAGAAUACUUGCAGUCCAAGGAAGUUAAGGGAAAAAAUGACUCAAAGAAAGAAGUUGAGGGAAAAAAUGGCUCAAAGAGAGAAGCUGAGGGAAAAGAUGACUCAAAGAAAGAAGCUGAGGGAAAAAAUGACUCAAAGAAAGAAGCUGAGGGGAAAAAUGGUUCAAAGAGAAAAGCUGUGGGAAAAGAUGACUCAGAGAAAGAGGCUGAGGGAAAAGAUGACUCAGAGAAAGAAGCUGAGGGAAAAGAUGACUCAGAGAAAGAAUCUGAGGGAAAAGAUGACUCAGAGAAAGAAUCUGAGGGAAAAGAUGACUCAGAGAAAGAAGCUCAGGAGGAUGACAGCGAUGAAGGAGAAGAUGAUGAAGAUGAUGAAGGAGAUCCAAAGUCAGAGAAGAAUGCAGCUUCAGAAUACAAACGCUUAAUUGCCAUUCAUGCUGGAAAGGGGAAAGGAGGACUAUCUGACUGGCUGAGGGUAGACCCAAAUAUAGUAAGACGGCUUAGUCUAAGUGAACAAGAACUUGAAAAGGCAGUAGAUACUCACGGAAAAGAAAUUAUCAGGUUCACUCAGCAGAACUUGCUGAGAAUAUACCCAAAGGGUAUACGUGUUGACUCGUCCAAUUAUGAUCCUUUUGUUGGUUGGAUGCACGGAGCUCAAAUGGUAGCAUUUAAUAUGCAGGGUUAUGGAAGAUCACUUUGGUUGAUGCAUGGUAUGUUCAGGGCUAAUGGUGGCUGUGGAUAUGUUAAGAAACCUGAUCUACUACUGAAAGCUGGUCCCAACAAUGAGGUCUUUGAUCCUACAACAAAUUUGCCUGUCAGAACUACACUAAAGGUGACUGUAUAUAUGGGUGAUGGGUGGGACAAAGACUUCGAUCAAACACACUUCGAUAAGUACUCACCUCCAGAUUUCUAUGCAAAGGUAGGAAUUGCUGGAGUUCCUGCUGAUGAAGUAAAGAAGAAAACAAAGACAAUGGACGACAAUUGGAUACCAAGCUGGGAUGAGCAGUUUGAGUUUCCACUAACAAUUCCUGAGUUGGCUCUACUUCGCAUCAAAGUUCUUGAUUAUAAUUUGUCUGAGAAGGAUGAAUUUGCUGGCCAAACAUGUCUACCUGUGGCAGAGCUGCGACAAGGUAUCCGAGCUGUCCCACUCUAUGAUAGGAAGGGAGAGAAGUACAGUUCUGUGAAGCUGCUCAUGCGUUUCGAAUUUGUAUAACUUUUAAACCAUAGCAGUCCUUGAAAUGGGAGCUUCGCAUGCUUUGCAGGUUUCUUCUCUGCGAAGUGUAGCAAAUUCUGUAAAACUAUAUACACCCUCAUACAACGUUGUAAGAUAUUUAUCUACAAUCAUAUAAGAGUUUAGACAAACAUAAACACAAUACCUCGAAUUACAGUUGAGAAGUAAUUGUUCAACUCUAUUGGUACCUGCACUCGUUUAUC